AUCACCAACCUCGCAAGCUACCGUUUUUUAUCAGCAAAGCACCAAGAAGCAUUCCAUUGCCACUAUAAGUAGCUGAAGCAGCAGCUAAUCAGUCAGCAACAACUAGGCACCAAACCAUCACUUCACUCCCCACCCUUCUCUCCCUCCCUCCUGCACCUGCACGAUCACCACACGCGCGCGCCAUGGCCGAGAAGCCGCCUCUGCCGCCCAAGCCCAAGCCUCCCCUGCCGUCCAAGCCGAGGCCCAAGGCGGCACCCGCGGGGGCAAGGCCGACACCACCGCCGCCGACAGGUCCCGGCAGCAGGCCGGCGGCCGCGCCGCCUUUCAAGAAGCCGACGCUCGCGCCGCCGCCGCAGGUUCUCCCGCUCAAACCACCGCCGGCGCACCAGUACCGGCAGCAGCAGCAGUACCCUCCGGGCGGCGGCGCGCGGAAGCAGCCGUACCGCCAGCAACACCCGCACCACCGCCACCGCCGCGGCGGCGGGUGCUCGUGCCGCCGCGUGUGCUGCCUGGCCACGGGGCUCGCCCUGCUCGCGCUCUGCCUGGCGCUCGCCGCCGCGUGCCUCGCCUACCUCUACUACCGCCCGCGCGCGCCGUCGUUCCACCUGCAGCCUCUCUCCCCCGUCCGCCUCCGCCUCGGGAACAACUCCUCCUCGGCCGCCGUGUCCGCCAUGGACGCCACCGUGGGCGCCCGCGUCGUGUCGUGGAACCCGAACGAGCGUGUGGCGUUCCGGUACGGCGACGGCGAGGGCCGCGUCGCCCUGCGCGACGCCGACGACGGCGACGUGGCGCUGGGGUGGGCGCCCGUGCGCGGGUUCGCGCACGCGCCGCGCACCGUGGCCACCGUCGCGUUCGUGGCCACCGCCAGGGGCGUGGUGCUGGACGAGGCCGUGGCGGCGCGCGUCCGCGACAGGUACCGGCGGCGGCAGCAGGGGUUCAGGGUGGUCGUGGACGCCCACGUCGGCGUCCGCGUCGGGGCGCUGCGCACGGGCAUGGUGCCGGUCAGGCUGCUCUGUGACGACGGCGCGAUGGCGCCCCGCGCCGCCGACGCGGGGGCAUCGGACGGCGGGACCGUGGUUGGGCCCAUGAGCAAGUGCCAGGUGCUCCUGUUUAGAGUAAGAUGGUUUAGCCUGAACUGAAGUUACAUCCGGAGCAUAAGUCUGCUAGCUGCUUAGAGACCAUCGAGCUAAUACCAGAGGCACCAGAGCUGCAGACGAUGUAAAUUAUCUGCGUGUGUUUGCCGGCAAGAUGAAGGUGAUGGAUUUGCCCCAAACUUUUGAUUGGUGAUGGUACAGUAUAUGGUCGUCGAUGGUUCUGAAUAUAUAUUGGAUGCAUGGUCUGAAGACUCUGAAGCAUGUAGUAAACCAAGUUUGUAACUGUAUAUUACACUCCAGCUCCCAAUUCUUUUGAUUGUGUGGUGUAUAGAUAGCAGGAAUGAAAUGAACGAUGGGAUGUGUGCUCCUGUCAGUUGAUUGAAACACAUACAGUUGUUUCUUCAUUGUCUUAACUAGUACUGAAAUGAUGACUUUGAUCUGAAUUUGAGCAAAGGUUUUAAAAUCA